AAGCCAGUACAGGGAAAGCCAUGGCCAGUGCAUGGCCAGUGGGGAGGUCAGGCCAUGUUACUUGUUGUCUCAACUAUGACCAGGACCACCCUCAACUAUACUGGUGUACGGAGGAGUGGAUAAUGGCAACAAUACAUUAGGGGACAUGUGGAUGUUUGAUGUUGACACUGGCAAGUGGACGGAGGUGACACCUCCUGAGUCAAUGACACCACGCUACUACCACUCCAUCACUGCCACCAGUCUGGGACCAGGACUCACGGAGGUCCUCGUGUUUGAAGGCCAUCGGGAGUGGGGGGGAAAUGACCUUGCUGAGACCACCAUACUGAGAUUUGAGUUGACUGGACCCUCAGCGUCUGUUGCUGAAACCUCGGCUGGGAAGUGGGCUCUCAUGAAUGUGGCCCACAACGACACUAGAGGCUCCGCCCAGUGACUGAGUGAGAAGAAGAUUAGACGAGCAACUGCUCAUGCCUCAUCAAUCAGUGAGACCAGCCGGGUGAGGGCUCUAGAUCUGGAACAACAGUUACGACCAGCAGAGCAGAGAGAGCACGACACAGAACAUCGCCACCAACUACAAUUGCAAGAGAAAGAUCAUGAAUUGGCUAGAAAAAAUCAACAUUUGAUUGAGGCUAACCGUCGUCAUGGAGAUGCGGAGGAAAGAGCACAGCUGGCAGAGCAAAGAGAGCAAGCUACACAAUUACUUUUACGAGUGAAAGAUCGUGAAUUGGCUGAGGCCAACAGAAGAGAAGCUGACUUGUCUGCUCGAAUCACAGCUCUAGUGAGUGAGUUAGAAGGCAAGACAAAAGAGUUGGCCGCACACAAAACAGAGGUGUGGAGGAUUCUAGCCAACAGAGUGUUAAUUGGCAGGAGGAUUGGCGAAGGAGGGUGGGGGGAGGUGCUGGAGGGAACAGUGAGCGUGGCUAUCAAGCGACUACAUGAAAAAAUUGCCUACCCAAUUCACAUUGAGAAAAUGGAGAGAGAAAUGAGGCUAUUGGCUGAAGUGCGACACCCAAACCUCGUGCAAUUCAUUGGUGCUAUUUUUAAUGAUCAAAACCGAGAGAAUCGAUCCCCUCCUCUCAUCAUCACCGAGCUUUUGGACAUGAAUCUCCGACAAGCGUACGAGAGAAAUCAACUGGACCCAGGAAACCGUCUCUCGAUCUUCAUGGACAUUGCCUUAGCUCUGGACUACCUGCACCAGCGCUACGAUCCCAUCAUCCACCGUGAUGUAAGUGCCCCAAACGUCCUCCUCCAGCGAAUGUCCAACCACCAGUGGAAGGGGAAGGUAUCUGACGUCGGCUCAGCCAACUUCCUGCAGCAUGCUCAUACGAUAGGAGAGGGGGCCAUAAUCUACUCCCCUCCUCCUGAAGUCAUCCCUCAAGCCUUUGAUCUUCUCACUCCCCCUCUGAAACAGUCUGUCAAGAUUGAUGUGUACAGCUACGGUAUUGUCCUCUGUGAGGUGACCGCUAGUCGAUUCCCUUGUACUGAACAUUAUCGAGACAUGAUUUUUCAAGUACAGAGGCAGUGUACGAGCUGAUACUCCACUGCACUAAGAGAGAGCCCAGCCAUCGACCCAGCAUGGCACAGGUGAUGGUGAAACUGAACAAAAUAGCACCCUUUUAACUAUAAAUGUGAAAGUACCUUCUUUUUAUGGACUUUUUGGCUUUGGCUUUCGUAAUAUCUCUUUGCACUAUCCUAUUAUGAUCUCAUGCUAAUCAAUAUUACCGUUCACAAUAACAUUAUACGAAC